AUGCACGUCGAGCACCUCCUGUCAUGAUGUAAACCAGGAGUGCAGCCCAGCGGAAGCCCUGGUGCGGGUUCUGCCCAAGCUGGCAGGGCUGUGUCCUGGCGAUUCUUGGUGCCUGCCUGCCCAUCGGGUCCCUGUGUCUGGUCCUCUCUGGGCCCACAGUGCUAAAGGGGCCGAGCACAGGCUGAUGGCCCCUGCCCGUGUCUUUCAGCCUCCAGCUCUCCCGAGAGAGCCCCGUGGUUCCAGCCAUGGACCCCGAGGACAGUGAGAACCAGAGUAAACGCCAGACGGCGGGCAUGGACCGAGACCGCGGCACCACCGCUCGGAGCCGGCUCAGCCCCGGACGCCAGGGCUCCCUGUGCUGGUCCCAAGCCGGGCACUGCCCGGCAGCCACUACAGGCCGAAGCUCCGUCCACAGCCGGCACUGCCCAGGUCACGGCGGCCACCGAUACCCAGGAGAGUCCCGGGCACCUGCCCCCCAGGGUUCCGGCAAUGCGGGCAAAGCCGAGGCGCCCUCUGGGCUGGGUGCCGGGUCCAUCCCGGACUGCCGCGCCCUGGGGCCCGGCGGCGAGGGCGCCCCGCUCUCCAACGGGGGUGGCAGGAAGCGGGCCCUGGAGGAGGGGAGCAGCUGCUGUGCCAAGUUCCGCCUGAAGAAGAGGAGGAGGGUGCCGGGGCCGGCGCUGCCCAAGAACGCACUGAUGCAGCUCAACGAGAUCAAGCCAGGGCUGCAGUACGCGCUGCUCUCGCAGACGGGGCCCGUGCACGCCCCUCGCUUCGUCAUGGCCGUGGAGGUGAACGGGCAGGUGUUUGAGGGCUGCGGCCCCACCAAGAAGAAGGCCAAGCUGCACGCGGCCGAGAAGGCGCUGCGCUCCUUCGUGCAGUUCCCCAACGCCUCCGAGGCGCACCUGGCCAUGGGCCGGACUCUGUCCACCGCUACCGACUUCACAUCCGACCAGGCCGACUUCCCCGACGCGCUCUUCAACGGCUUUGAGACGCCGGAGCGCGCUGAGGUGCCCUUCUACAUGGGCACCAACGGCGAGGACUCCUUUGGCUCCAGCGGGGACGUCAGCCUGGCCGCCUCGCCCGUGCCUGCUGGCCUGGCCCAGCCACCCCUGCCCGUGCCGCCCCCGUUCCCGCCACCCAGCGGCAAGAACCCCGUGAUGAUCCUCAACGAGCUGCGGCCCGGCCUUAGAUACGACUUCCUGUCAGAGAGUGGCGAGAGCCAUGCCAAAAAGUUUGUCAUGUCCGUGGUGGUGGACGGGCGCUUCUUCGAGGGCUCGGGCCGCAACAAGAAGCUGGCCAAGGCCCGCGCCGCGCAGUCUGCCCUCGCUGCCAUCUUCAACCUGCACUUGGACCAGACGCCGUCGCGCCUCCCCGUGGCCAGCAAGGGCCUGCAGCUGCACUCGCCGCAGGUGUUAGCGGAUGCUGUGGCCCGCCUGGUCCUGGACAAGUUCGGGGACCUGACAGACAACUUCUCCUCCCCCCACGCACGCAGGAAGGUCCUGGCUGGUGUCGUCAUGACAACAGGCACGGACGUGAAGGACGCCAAGGUGAUCAGCGUGUCCACGGGCACCAAGUGCAUCAACGGCGAGUACAUGAGUGACCGGGGCCUGGCGCUCAACGACUGCCACGCCGAGAUUAUCUCCCGUCGCUCGCUGCUCCGGUUCCUCUAUGCCCAGCUCGAGCUGGCCCUGAGCAGAGAGAGCCAAAAGAAAUCCAUCUUCCAGCACUCGGAGCGCGGUGGCUUCCGGCUGAAGGACUCGGUGCAGUUCCACUUGUACAUCAGCACGUCGCCCUGUGGAGACGCCCGCAUCUUCUCGCCCCACGAGCCCAUCCUGGAAGAACCCGCAGACAGACACCCGAACCGCAAGGCGCGGGGCCAGCUGCGGACCAAGAUCGAGUCUGGGGAAGGCACCAUCCCAGUGCACUCCAACGCCAGCAUCCAGACAUGGGAUGGGGUGUUGCAGGGCGAACGGCUGCUCACCAUGUCCUGCAGUGACAAGAUGGCUCGGUGGAACGUGGUGGGCGUGCAGGGCUCCCUGCUCAGCAUCUUUGUGGAGCCUGUGUACUUCUCCAGCAUCAUCCUGGGCAGCCUGUACCACGGCGACCACCUGUCACGGGCCAUGUACCAGCGCAUCGCCGACAUUGAGGGCCUCCCGCCGCUCUACGUGCUCAACAAGCCCCUGCUCAGUGGCAUCAGCAAUGCAGAAGCGCGGCAGCCCGGGAAGGCGCCCAACUUUAGCGUCAACUGGACGGUGGGUGAUUCGGCCCUGGAGGUCAUCAACGCCACGACGGGCAAGGAUGAGCUGGGCCGCGCCUCGCGCCUCUGCAAGCACGCCCUGUACUGCCGCUGGAUGCGUGUGCAUGGCAAGAUGCCCAUCCACCUGCACCGCUCCAAGAUCCUCAAGCCGGGCGUGUACCACGAGGCCAAGCUGGUAGCCAAGGAGUACCAGACGGCCAAGGCGCGGCUGUUCACGGCCUUCCUCAAGGCGGGCUUGGGCGCCUGGGUGCAGAAGCCCACGGAGCAGGACCAGUUCUCCCUCAGCCCCUGAGCCCGGGCGGGACAUGCAGCUGGGUGGGCUGGCCGGCUGGGUGGGGCGCGGGGCCUGGCCCAAACUCACCCAGGGCCUCGCGUCCGCAGUGGGGCGGGGCUGGCGUCCAGCUCUGCCCGGGCGCCGGCCACAGUGCAGUGCAGGCGGGCCGGCGUGGGGUGCGUGGCCUGCCGGGCGCCACUCCGCACCCCACGGCCCCUUUGCCCGGCCCCGUACGGAGCAGCUGUGCUCUACCAGGUAGAGUCUCCGUAGGCCGGGCCGGCCGGGAAUCACUUAUUUAUUCGCAGCUCGGAACUUGGUUCCGGGAUCCAGUUAGUGAACGUUCUGUUAGGCACUCGGGCACUUUACUUGGGGGCCGAGGAGGGAGCAGCACAGCACAAGGUCCGCACCUCCAGCGAGGCAACUCCAUGCUCCAUCCAUCAUGCACCAGCCGCACACGCACACACGCCAGGCGCGGGGCCGGGCUGUUCUGCUCCACGAACAGCCGAGGUGCUGCCGCCACGAUCGCGUGAGCACACAGCCACCGAGACCGGGGUCCCCUGACCCAGCCCCUGUCCCCUGUGGGGGGCGUGGGGAGUUGAGGUGCUAGAAAGGAUGUUCUCAGCAGCGCUUUUGGGAGGCGCCAGGGUGCUGCAGCUCAGGGAGGGAAGGGGUGCAGCCGGGGGGAACGGGGUGCUGCCCACACCGCAGCGUAGGCCCAGGGCAGAGGGAUGGGAGGGUGGGGACGGUCGUGCGUCCCCCAGUGCCUUGGGGUUCACACUCAGGAAGGAGAGGAGCUGGGACGUGGCUUUGGCCCGCGAGGGUGUUCCUGCCGUCGCAGGGGCCAGAACAUCACAGCAGGGGCUGCCCUGGCACCUCUGGUCCGGUGCUCGGCACCUGGUGAUGCCACACCCUGCAU